AUGUUUCUCUUGUCGCUGUCACCUAAUAGCCUUCUGUGUGUUACGUCUCACAUUCUCUCACACACACUCUCUCACUCUCUCUCUCUCUCUCUCUCUCUCUCUCUCUCUCUCUCUCUCUCUCUUUUGAUUUUACGACAAGAUCGAGACGAACAGGAAGGAUUCUUCGUCUCCAUGUAUUUCGGAACAUUUCUUGAGAAGAAAUCUAUCUAUCUAUCUAUCUAUCUAUCCCAGACUGUUUAUAUCUAUACAUCUAUCGAUAUAUCUAUCUAUAUCUGUUUAUAUCUACUAUCUUUCUCAGACUGUUUCUAUCUAUCUAUCUAUAAUUUAUAUCUAUCUAUCUAUCGAUCUACCCUUCUAACUAGAGUUUUCAUUAACUAUCUACAACUGUCUGUUCAUAUCUAUCUAUCUUUGUUCGUAUCUAUCUAUCUAUCUCAGUCUAUCUAUCUAUCUAUCUAUCUAUCUAUCUAUCUAUCUAUCUAUCUAUCUAUCUAUCUAUCUCAUCCUGUUCAUUAUCUAUCUAUCUGUCUAUCUAUGUAUCUAUCUAUCUAUCCCAGACUUCUAAUCAUGUGUAUCUAUCUAUCUAUAUGUCUGUCUGUCUGUCUGAUUCAGCAUCUAUCUAUCUAUCUAUCUGAUUCAUCUUCUAUCUAUCUAUCUAUCUAUCUAUCUAUCUUUCUCAUCUAUCUAUCUAUCUAUCUAUCUGAUUCAUCAUCUAUCUAUCUAUCUAUCUAUCUAUCUGAUUCAGCAUCUAUCUAUCUAUCUAUCUAUCUAUCUAUCUAUCUAUCUUUCUGUCUGUCUGAUUCAGCAUAUAUCUAUCUAUCUAUCUAUCGAUCUAUCUAUCUAUCUAUCUAUCUGAUUCAGCUUCUAUCUAUCUAUCUAUCUAUCUAUCUAUCUGAUUCAGCAUCUAUCUAUCUAUCUAUCUAUCGAUCUAUCUAUCUUUCUGUCUGUCUGAUUCGGCAUCUAUCUAUCUAUCUAUCUAUCUAUCUGAUUCAGCAUCUAUCUAUCUAUCUAUCUAUCUAUCUAUCUGAUUCAGCAUCUAUCUAUCUAUCUAUCUAUCUAUCUGAUUCAGCAUCUAUCUAUCUAUCGAUCUAUCUAUCUUUCUGUCUCAUCUAUCUAUCUAUCUAUCUAUCUAUCUAUCUGAUUCGGCAUCUAUCUAUCUAUCUGAUUCAGCAUCUAUCUAUCUAUCUAUCUGAUUCGGCAUCUAUCUAUCUAUCUAUCUAUCUGAUUCAGCAUCUAUCUAUCUAUCUAUCUAUCGAUCUAUCUAUCUAA